UCUUCUUCAGUUCUUUGUCCUGAGAUUCAUAUUUGAGGGGAGAGAGGAGAGGGAGAGGGAGAGGGAGAGGGAGAGAAUCUUAUUUAAUGGUAAUGGGCCUGUCUGAAAACCAGACUUCUCAUUUAUCCUCUUUCUCAGAGCUUCAUCUCAGAAAAUCUAGACCCUUCAAAUGUUGGCAUAACCUCCAUUCCUUGAUCUUCUGAUUUACUUCGUAUAAUACAAAAGUAUCCCCCCCCCCCCAAAUUUGCGGGUUUCUUCUAAAUUUUGGAUCUUCAGCUCUGCAGAAAUGAGAGACGUGAUCUCUUGUUUCAGUGAGAACGCUGUCAACGUGUCUCCUUAUUCUUCAUGUUCUAGCCUCUCAAACAACGCCUGUAUCUCUCCCAGUCUCGUACCUUCGAUCCAAAACACAGUUUCUUGCGUCCACAAAAUCAUCCUCUCUACGCAAAAGCAGCUUUUAAUCACAGUCACAUGGAUUAAAAACCAUUCCAAUCAAGGAAUCUCUGUUAACUUCAACGAUGACGACCCCACGACAGCGAUUUUCAGACUCAACACCAAUUCGAGGCUCUUCAGCAAGAAAAAAAGCAGCAAAUUUCUGGAAUCUGGAGACUCAAAGAUCGAGCUUUUCUGGGAUCUUUCAAACGCCAAGUACGACUGUGCCCCUGAGCCUCUUGAUAGCUAUUAUCUUCUAAUCCUCGUUGAUUCAGAAAUAGCUCUAAUUCUGGGUGACAUGGCCGAAGAAAUUGUGACUAAGAAGCUUAAAGGUAGCAUUCCAAUGGCCAAAUCCUCACUGAUUUCUCGUCGAGAGCAUUGGUCAGGAAAUACACUUUACACAACGAGGACACAGUUCUGCGAAAAUGGGGAUUCGCACGAGAUUUUUAUACGAUGCAGCGGAGAGAACGAAGGGUUGAAGAAUGUGAAGGGCCCAGUUCUAACGGUUUGCAUUGAUAAGAAGACAGUGAUAAAAGUGAAGAGGCUGCAAUGGAAUUUCAGGGGAAACCAGACGAUUUUCAUUGAUGGGUUGCUCGUGGAUUUGCUUUGGGAUGUUCAUGACUGGUUUUUCAGUUCAUCACCAUCAUCAUCUUCUUCUUCUUCUGGGCGUGCUGUGUUCAUGUUCAGAACUAGGAGUGCGUUGGAUAGCAGAUUGUGGUUGGAGGAGAAGAAUGUUCAGAAAGAGAGAGACAGAGUCGGCUUCUCCUUGUUGAUAUAUGCCUGUAAGACCCCUCCAUGAGGGCAAAAUUUGGCCUUUUGCUUGUUCUUCGGAAAAAAACAAGGAAAGAUAAUCUAAUUUCUUAUUCUUUC